UGGCUGUUCCACUGGAUGUCUUAAGGUGAACGCACCAAUUUGUAAGUCGCUCUGGAUAAGAGCGCCUGCUAAAUGACUUAAAUGUAAAUGUAUGCAAAGUAAUUGGUGAACCAGGCAAGGCAGUCAUCCGAAAAACCGAGGCUAUUGAGUCUGCCGAUAAGAAUAUGGUGAUUGACAGAGUCGAAUCCCUCUCACCCCCCUUAAAAGAUUUAGAUGCACUACUGUUCCACUGGAUGUCAUAAGGUGAAUGCACCAAUUUGUAAGUCGCUCUGGAUAAGAGCGUCUGCUAAAUGACUUAAAUGUAAUGUAAAUGUAAAUGAAAGCCUUGGCGAGGUCGAUGAAGACGGCUGCACAGUACUGUCUUUUAUCGAUGGCGGUUAUGAUAUCGUUUAGUACCUUGAGUGUGGCUGAGGUGCACCCGUGACCGACUCGGAAACCAGAUUGCACAGCGGAGAAGGUACGGUGGGAUUCGAGAUGGUCAGUGACCUGUUUGUUGACUUGGCUUUCGAAGACCUUAGAUAGGCAGGGCAGGAUGGAUAUAGGUCUAUAGCAGUUUGGGUCCAGGGUGUCUCCCCCUUUGAAGAGGGGGAUGACUGCGGCAGCUUUCCAAUCCUUGGGGAUCUCAGACGAUAUGAAAGAGAGGUUGAACAGGCUGGUAAUAGGGGUUGCGACAAUGGCGGCAGAUAGUUUCAGAAAUAGAGGGUCCAGAUUGUCAAGCCCAGCUGAUUUGUACGGGUCCAGGUUAUGCAGCUCUUUCAGAACAUCUGCUAUCUGGAUUUGGGUAAAGGAGAACCCGGAGAGGCUUGGGCGAGGAGCUGCGGGGGGGGCGGAGCUGUUGGCCGAGGUUGGAGUAGCCAGGCGGAAGGCAUGGCCAGCCGUUGAGAAGUGCUUAUUGAAGUUUUCGAUAAUCAUGGAUUUAUCGGUGGAGACCGUGUUACCUAGCCUCAGUGCAGUGGGCAGCUGGGAGGAGGUGCUCUUGUUCUCCAUGGACUUCACAGUGUCCCAGAACUUUUUGGAGUUGGAGCUACAGGAUGCAAACUUCUGCCUGAAGAAGCUGGCCUUAGCUUUCCUGACUGACUGCGUGUAUUGGUUCCUGACUUCCCUGAAUAGUUGCAUAUCAUGGGGGCUAUUCGAUGCUAUUGCAGUCCGCCACAGGAUGUUUUUGUGCUGGUCGAGGGCAGUCAGGUCUGGAGUGAACCAAGGGCUGUAUCUGUUCUUGGUUCUGCAUUUUUUGAACGGAGCAUGCUUAUCUAAAAUGGUGAGGAAGUUACUUUUAAAGAAUGACCAGGCAUCCUCAACUGACGGGAUGAGGUCAAUGUCCUUCCAGGAUACCCGGGCCAGGUCGAUUAGAAAGGCCUGAUAGACUACAUUGAGCACAUUAUGGAAGAUAGCUUUAUUUUAUUUGUCGACUUAAAAAAGGCAUUUGAUACAGUUGAACAUUAUUAUCUUUUUGAGACUCUUCGAUUUUUUGGUUUUGGUCAAUAUUUUCAAAGUGUAAUUAAGACACUUUACAAUAAUAGUAACAGCUCUGUUAAAUUAUCCCAUGGAACUUCGCAAAGAUUCGACAUUAGACGUGGAAUUAAACAAGGAUGCCCAAUUUCUACUUUCUUAUUUGUAUUGGUCACACAAGUUAUGGCACUUCAUAUAAAUAAGGAUAGUUUUAGGGGUAUUCAGAUACAAAUACAAAGAGAUACAAUGUUCAAAACUGGCUGACGACACCACCAUUGUUUUGAAAGAUCAUAAUGAAGUCAAGAAACCUAUUGAGUGUAUUAAUGCCUUCUCACAUGUAUCAGGUUAAUCUAUGAAUAUUAGGAAGGUGAAUUAUUUGCAUUCAAAUGAUGUGACUUAAACCCAGUAUGUAAUAUCCCUGUAAAAGAUGUGGAUCACAUAUCUUGGUAUUACAGUUAGCAAAGGCCAGAAAGAAAGGGCCAACUUAAAUUUCUCUCCUAUUGUAGAGACAAUUGGAAAGAGAUUUAACUCCUGGUUAUUAAGAGAUAUGUCUUUAUCUGGACGUGUACUUUUAUCAAAAUCUGAAGGUCUGUCCAGAUUAGUAUAUACCUCCCUUGCCUUGGAUGUUCCUCUGUCAGUAACUACAAUGGUUGAUACUAAAUUAUUUAACUUCAUAUGGAGGAAUUAAACCUCAUUAUUUAAGAAAAGCGAUAAUAUGUAGCACCCAAGGUGAGGGAGGGUUGAGUGCUCUGGAUUUUAAAACCUCUAAUAUAAUAUUUAAGAUUAAAUGGAUACAAAACUAUUUAAGAAAUAAGGAUUGCAUCUGGAAUAUCAUCCCUAAUUUAAUAUUCCAACAAAUUGGUGGUCUAGAAUUCUUACUCAAAUACAACUUUGAUAUGGGUAAAAUCCCUAUUAAGCUUGCAAACUUUCAUAAACAAGUACAUCUAACUUGGAACCUCAUGUACAAACACAAUUUUUCCCCUCAUCUGGAAUAAUAAAGACAUAAAAUUCAAAAGCAAGUCUUUGUUUUUCCAGAACUUUUUCCAACAACAUUAUUUGGGUUAUAUAUGGACAAGUAUUUAUUAGAACACACAAUGUUACAUUCACUCCUGAGGAGUAUCAACUUGUUGUUAGAGCUGUCCCUAAAGGUGCUAUUCUUCUUUUAGGAGAAUAUAACAGUACUCCAAGUGCAACUGUUGAGGAUUAUGUAGCCUCAAUACAACUAGAAGGAAUUUACAUUUUAAACUAUAAAUGUAAUAACAUGUAUAUAAGGAAACUAUGUCAAUAUGUUACUAUUCCCUCUGCUAGAAUGUACUGGAAUGCAGCCCUAGGACAAGUGAACUGGAACAAAAUGUCAUUGUUAUCUGGUAAAUAUUGCAUAUCUAAUAAGGUGAAAGAAGUAUCAUACAAACUCAUUCAUAGAAUCUACCCUGUAAAGACCUUUAUUAUACACAGAUUUAAAAUAGCUAUUGAUAACAAAUGUGUAUUUUGUGAUUGUGACCCAGAGACUCUUGACCAUUUAUUUUGGGACUGCUCUUAUGUCAGAAUAUUUUGAUGUGAGUUAGAAGAUUUUAUUUUAAAAGAAACAACUAUUAAUGUUAAUUUCAAAGACUCUGAUAUUAUGUUUUAUUUUGAGCCAAAUUAUAUAUUUAACUUUCAUUGUUAAUUUGUUUAUCUUUCAUGGAAGAUUCUUUGUCCAUAAAAUGAAGUGGGCAGAGAACAAACCCCUUUUCACAUUAUUUAAGAUAAUUUCAAAAUAAUAUUUCAAUUCUAUCAGUAAAUGUAAAAACAAAAAAAGCAAUAUACACCAUAAAAGUAUUUAACAAAUUGAAAAUUAAUCUUGAUAUGUAAUACCCCUCCCUGUCUGUUAGGUACAUGUACUUUUGUUUGUAUAUCUGUUUUUUUUAUUUGUUGUGUUGAUAAUAGAAAAUUAAAAUAAAAUAAAAAACGCCAACCGGAUACUUCAUAUUUAUACAUCCGGAAUUAAAAAAAUAAUAAUAAUACAUUAUACAUCCGGUGAAAUAUUUAGCUAGUAUCUGUAAGACACAUUUCGAUUGGAUGAAAAACGCAAGCCAAUCAUAGCUCUGGAUGGAAGGAGGCUAUUUCGCAAUUAGAUUGCGUUCAUGGUUUAGAACCUGUGCGUUGAUGUUGUUUUAAUGUCAGUGAAAAAACGUGAAUAUUAUAUAUAAUGAAUACUAUAAGGUCGUCGGUUUACCGGUUUCAUGGAGUGAUAUGUUCCACUAGCAGGAAUUUUGCACUAGAGUUUCCAGGAUCCAGUGUCGCCCAGCUGCGAUCACUAAGUGGUUGGGUUCUGUCCUGGGCCAGUGUACCUCCCCUGACCUCUCGGUGUGGUCCUCUCACAUCACAGGCAGAGGGGGCAGGAGUGUUCCAGCAACUCCCCUGGCACCACCAGCAGGUUCGCACAGGGAAGCGGGGCACAGAGUACCAGCCCAAGAAUAUAAAGCGGAAGCGGACCCACGGCUGGAUCAAGAGGAUAAGCACACAGGGUGGCAUCGAGGUGAUUCUCCGUAGGAUGCUAAAAGGACGGAAAUCCCUCUCACACUAACCACCCAAUGGACUAUUUUGUCAGUAAACCUAUCGAAGUUGUGAUGCAAAGGUGCCCAGGUUUUACUACCAUGUGGAAGAUGCCCCAAAAAAUAGGCACGAAACAUGGCAAUGCCUUCCAAUUAUGUAGGCAACACCAUGCACAUUUACAUUAAAACAUUCCAAACAGUCCCUUUACAAGUAAGAAUGUUGAAUAAACUUAAUUGAACUUACUCUGUUGAUUGUAUAUUGUGUUGGUAGAAAUUUUAGACAAAAUAUCCACAGGAAAGUAUGAAUUAACCUGACUUCAAAACGUCAGUCUGUGUGUAGCAAUCAAGAUUUGUUUGCUCAUGACCAAUGGCACAUGCACAAGAUGGAAGUACAUGCACGUGAUGCAUGCAUGUAACCAACGUCUGCAGGUGUUGACAUGGUUUUUCGCAUAUUCCAGGAGAUAUACAUUUCAACGGCAGUACCUGCGUCUAAAAAGUGGGGUAAACAACUUUCCUAUGUAUAUUUUGUCAAAAAUGUUGAGUGGCUGAAGCACCAACCACACAGACAACCAGUAGAGUAAAUUCAGAUGUCAUUUUAUUCAACAUUCUGGCUUGUAAGGAAAACUUGAUGAUUUCACAUAAAAGUCUGAUUUAUUAGGCAAUCUAAGAACCUGCAGACUUGUUGGUACAGUUUUGUGUAGAGCUGGAUGUCUUGAGUUAUUGGAUAUGUGAAGGCAGCAGUGGCGGUCAGUGUUAUUUAAGAUUAGGGAGGAAGCAAAAAAUGUAUAAUGAGCGUGACCUUAUUUCUAUUACUCCAUGUUGGAUGACUCAUUCAUAUUCCAUUCACCCAGUUCAGUGUAGCAGCGAUAGCUUUAGGCUAAACAUCAUGAGGUUGCACAACUUAGCCUAUGAAUGAAAGUUUACAAUGUAGGUGCACACAGGUCGAGAGAAAAAUUUGACGUGACAGUGACACACCUUGCACACUCUUGCCUGCAUCUAGCUGAUAUAGGGUGUAGUCAUUAGUCCAACGGUUGCAAACGAGUUUCUAAUGAACAAAUUCAGUUAUGUUUAUCCCAUUUCCGUUUUUUAACAGAAUCUGCGGAAUAAAUACCCCCCUGAUCACACGUAAACACAGUUCACUUUCAUAGCAGCCACGUUGUAUUCCUUCUCUCAUCUAUACACUCUCCUCUCACCUUUUCCCUUCACAUCAGCCGAAAAAAACCUUUCCAAGCCAAACCAUAUAACCACUACACACAGCCUACAUCUUUGUCACCAUAUUAGCUAAAGUAAGAUCAUAGUCAAAAUAGCUAAUAGAACUAACACGUUAGUAAACCCGCUACAAUCAUUCAGUAACGUUACAGUGUAACGAGAAAAGUGUGACGGGAAAAGGUAAGCAGUCUAGCACUUACACUGGCGGGUCACGGUGGCAAAGUCAAACCAAAAGCUUACCUUGACUUCGAAGAGUUGUGUUGGAUAGUCAUAGCCAGCUAGCUAACGUAGCAUCCCACUGUUUGAGUAGGCUAAACUAGCUAGCAGCAUUUUCUAGCUAAGUAAGUGAAAUUGAAAAAAAUUUACAAUCUCUCUCUUGCUUCUUCAUUUUGGAAAAAUACAUUGUUCAAAAUGGUUUAACUAUUGUCUUUCUCUGUCUUUGAGUCAACUACUCACCACGUUAUGCACUGCAGUGCUAGCUAGCUGUAGCUUAUGAUUUCAGUACUAGAUUUAUUCCCUGGUCAUUUGAUUGGGUGAACAACAUGUCAGUUCAUGCUGCAAGAGCUCUGAUAGGUUGGAGGAAGUCCUCCGGAGGUUUUCGUAAUUACUGUGUAAGUCUAUGAAAAGGGGUGAGAACCAUGAGCCUCGUAGGUUUUGUAUUGAAGUCAGUGUACCCAGAGGGAGAUGGAAGCUAGCUGUCCUCCGGCUAGACUGUGGUGCUAUCCUACAGAUUGUUGUUGAGGCUAAUGUAGACCUUCAUUGCGAAACAGUAUGUUUUAAUAAAUGAUUUGGUGAGGUGAAAAUAUUUAGUAUUUUAUCAAAAAAGCAUAACUUUUGACAUGUUUUACAGUUUUUAUUUGAAUGAAAUUCACUGAGGAGGAUGGUCUGCUAAAUGACUUAAAUGUAAAUGUAAAUGUCCUCCCCUUCAUCCUAUGAGUAGCCUCUACUGGAAGGAAGAUGAAUUUGCAGAUGUAUUUGACCAUGAAAUGGAUUCUCAAUUUCUUUCUCAUCUAUUUCAGACUCAAUCUUGGAAAGGCUUGGUAGGUUGGUGCAGUAAGUCAAUUUAGCUUAAAUGGCUUAGGGAAUCAACUGUGACAAAAGUAGUUUUACUUAUGCACAUGUCAACAUGCAGUGGUGCGGUUGAACUAGUUCCUGAAUUUGAAUAUUGGACUUUUAAUAUGUAAGUGCUGGGAUAUAAGCAUCUGUGUUGCUUGUGUAAGCUAUUUAGUUGCUGCGAAAAUAAACACAUCUUCGGACCUUCA